GCUUACAGCCCAAAUGCCUUAAUUUCCAAAAAUAUCCUCAUCAGAUCUCAGAAUUUACAAAAUGAUUUCCCAGUCCAGUCAAAUUCUGAUACAGGGAGCCUCGCUGCCCUCUCAGCUUCUUCUCCAGAACUCCUGUAAUCGCACAUCGAUCCUGUCUGCACAUCCUUCCCUCGUCCUUUGGAUCUUUGCUCUGUUUCUUCUUCUUCUUCUCCCGAUCGUCUGCAAUCCCUGGCCUCCAAGUCUGCUACCACCACCGUUGACAACACCACUGCCGCCACCACUGCUGCCAGCAAGUGCAAGCAGCAGCAGCAGCAGAACUAAGCAUGGACAAUAUGUUUCAAAAUUGUUCAUAGAACCCAGCAAGCCACCAACAUCACCACCACCCACCAAACCAACAUCAUCUUUUAUUCAUCUUAUUGUUCUUAAUGGUGUCCCUAAUCUAUCACUUAUUCUCAUCAUCGGCUCUGGUCUCACUGGGGCUCUACCACCUCAUCUGCGCCACUCGGAACCACCUUAUUUCUAGAUCCCCUUCAGACUACUAUGCGAAGCCCUAUCACCCUCUCCCCUCCUCCAGUCGCCUCCUCAAGCACCUCCAGCUCUAUCUCCUCAUCCUCUGCCUCUUCAUUGCCUUUGCCCACCAGACCCUCGUCUCCUCAGACUCAGACCCUCUACUUAAAGGCCACACCCCUGUCCACCGCUUCACCUCCCUCCAGUCUGCUGCUGUCCUCUUCCUCUUUUUCCUCCUCUCCCUUGCCCUCCUCCUCUCCCACACCUCAUCUCUCCUCCCCUUCCCCUCAGAUCUCUUCUUUGCCCUCGCUUCUGCCCUCUUUUUCCUUCAAUACUCCGUCUACUCUGCUGCUGCCACCGUCCAAAACUCUGAUCUUGAGGCAAAAUGUGACUCCAUCUCAGCCCGUGUGUCUGCCCUUGCCUCCCUGCUUUGCCUACUUCUUGCAUGUCAGCCCAGAUUGUUUGUUGCUGAUGUCGCCUUGGGGGCCUCCCUCUGUCUCCAGGGCCUCUGGGUGCUGCAGACUGGCCUUUCCCUCUAUGUUGAGGCCUUUAUACCUGAGGGCUGCCACAGGCUGCUGGAUGUUGUGAAAGGAGUUGAGGGUUCCACCAAGUGCGAUUUGGAAGAAUCCAGGUUGAGGGCUGUUGCGAUUUUGGAUCUUGCCUUUGUGGUUCAUGUCAUGUUCACCCUACUCAUCGUCUUCCUCAGCUAUGCUGUUGUUGCUAAGACUGUUGGUGUCAGAAGAUAUGGAUCCUAUGAGGCCUUGCCCAGUCUCGCCUCUUCUGGGGAUUCUAACCAUAUUCAGAUGAAGACCAUGGCUGGCACACAGGCCUGAAACCAUCAUCUUUUCUUCUCGAUGGGUGGGCUUUUCUUUUUCUUUUUCUUCUUCGUCUUCUUUUUUUUUUUUUAAAUCUGUUUCUUUUUUGUUAGAUCUUCAGAAUGGGAAUAGCACUGAUUUCUUUCUUUAGCUUCAUUUACAGUGUAACUUUGUCAUACUUAAGACAUAAAAAUCAUGUUGUUAAUGCAGACAUUUUAGUGUUGUUUUAAUUUAUCCAUACUUUGCCUUAUCAUAAUGCUGCUACCUCUCUUCGUCUUUUCUCUUUCCCUGUUAUGUUGUUUUUAUGGAUUUCUUCAUGCUUCUUGGUAUCCCAAGAAAAUGUGGAUUUCUUCAAACUUAUGUUGUUUUAUGGUCUGUAGAUUGAUAUCAUUGGAUCAUUUAUUUAUUUAUUUAUAUUGGAUAAGAACAUUGGAUCAUUUACUAAAAAUAUUGUUUCUUUUAUUUUGUAAAAUCUUGGUUGUUAAAGAAAGGUUUCUUUAAUGUAAAUUUGUUGUAGUAGACAUCUUCUUGUUACCUUUUUUAUUAUGGUAUGUAGGCUCAGUUGUUGCUAGGCUGCAUUACAUACAUUUAAAAAAACAAAGACUGGACACAAGGACAGCAUUACAUGCAUUAUGUAGCUCUAAAUACUGAACACAAUUAAUUUGAAAAUUUUCUCAAUAUUAUUGUAUCAAUUAAUACAUAGAGUAGGAGCCGUGCAUUAGAAUCAUCAUUCAACCAAGUUUUAUAAUAGAAUGGGGCUAUAUCAUUUAUUGGAUAAUGGAACCAAUCAAUAGAUGCUAUUGCAUAUUCAGUUGCUUGGAGUACCGAGUCUCUUGACAUGAACGAAUAAUAACUGUUUGUUUGAAAGACUUUGUAUGACUCGAAAAUAUAGGUGUUCAAAUGUGUGAUAGUUUGUAUGAUUUUGGGUUGUUGUCAAGAAUGUAAUGACUUAAGGAUUUCCAUGGAUAUUGCCUAGAUGGCGGUAUAAUUGUUUGGAUAUCACAAAGCUCGAUUGUAUUGAAGAUUGAGUAUUUAGAUUGGGAAAUUCAAAUUGUUAGGCCCCAUUUGGAUGAAGGAGUUGCUUUAGGAAAAGAAAAUAGGAAGGAAAUCAUUUUUCAUUGUAUUUUUUCUCUCUAUAUCAAAUAUUAUUGAUAGUGAAUUUUAUUUCUAAUGUGAUUAAAAAUGAAGAAAUUAAAGGUUAAUGACUUGUCAAAUCAAAUUUUUGUUGAUUGAUUUGCUGAUGGAAUCAUUUUUCAUUUUUUUUACUAAUAUUAUUUCAUUUUUUUUUCCUCACUUUCUUUCAUAACCAGUGAUAGCAAAUUUAAUUCCUUCAUGUUUUCCUUUCCUUCCCCAGCGUUUUUUUCCCUCGUUCCAUACAGGGUCUUGGGAUUCUUACUGAUGAGUUAUUGAUGGAUGAUAAAUAGUGACCAAAGAUUUUGUAAAAGGUACUUGGUGCAAAUGGACAGAAGGAAUCAAGGAUGCAGGAUCAUGAAGUACUAUGGAUUGUUGCUUUGUUGGUUGAUUGAAAUUUCAAUUCAAUGACACUUCUUGAAUCUCUGUGUUGUUGAUUCAAUGAUAUGCUUGUGAAUUAUUGUGGUGAUAUGCUAAUGAUGAAGCUUUGUAGGUUCUUUAAUCUA